AGUAUUAAAUUCCAACUUGCGCGUUCUGUACUGUCAGCAAAAACCAAAGCCUAAAAGAUCGACGAAGCAAAUUGAGCGAAAAUCCAAUGGAAGACUCGGAGGCAAACUCCACGACUAUACAUGGAAAUAGAAAUCCAAAUUCAAGUAACGAUCCAAUAAUAUCAUCAUCCGCAGCAUCCGUGUGGCCAACAGUAGAUGGUGCAUUGGGUUUAUCAGAAGAAGAAUCAAUAAAGUACGCACGCAGAUUCUACAAAUUUGGGUAUGCUUUAUUGCCAUGGCUUUGGGCUGUUAAUUGCUUCUACUUCUGGCCUGCUCUUCGCAAUUCCCGCUCUUUCCCUCGCAUUCGCCCCUAUGUUAUCAGAUCAGCAGUUGGGUUUACAGCAUUCUCAAUUCUUCUUUGCUCAUGGGCCUUGACAUUUGCCAUCGGAGGGGAGCGACUCUUUGGCCCCGUUUGGAAUGAACUUGUUAUGUACAAUGUUGCUGACAGAUUAGGCUUGACAGGUUGGAUGUAGUCAUGCUGUUGCGAACUCAGAGGCUGUGACAAGAUCAUCAUUUGCCUUGUUCUCUUAUUUGUCUUUCCCUCUUGAUCAUCAGGGUUUUCAACACAUAAUCUUGUAUAUUCUGUUACUGAAACUACUAUCCUGAUCACUCAGUUAAUGCUGAAGCAUUUAUUCUGUUCAUGGUCAGCAUAAGACUUUUGAUGAGGCUACUUACCUGUUAUUUCUAAUGUAGAGGCAUUUUUAUUUACUAUUCUUACUAAUAAUAAAUUUUCUUAGUUUUCUA